AUGUCAACAAUUGAUAAUAUUUUGGAUAGAGAGAUUAAUGAAAAACGUCUUGAAAAUAUUAUACCUUUGUCACUAGGUAACAUCAGUGGCAUAAAGUACUUUUAUUAUGCUGCGGCCACAGCUAAAAAAGAGUUGAUUGAACUGCUCUUGCUCAGAAAAAUAAAUUUUAAUCAACAUUUUGAAAGAACAGGAAUGACGCCUCUUCAUGCUGCGAUCGAAAAUGGAAAAGUAGAUAUUGUCAAACUUCUAUUGCAACAAGGGACAGAUUGGACAGUCACCAGAAAUCUUCGUCAGUUUCCAUUUGAUACUUCAACAUCUUCAAAUGGUUAUACCGUUCUACAUAUGGCUGCUCAAAAAGUGCACAAAGAAAUGAUCAAUAUUUUUCUAGAAUAUGGCUCGUUUAAUUGCCUUUUCAUCCCAGCAGGAGAACACGGAUACACGCAUUUCCAUGUUGCAGUGGACAGUGAACAUGAGGAUGUAGUCAAACUCUUCCUGGAGAUUGGUGUUCGUGCAGAUUGUCCCACUGGCAGAGGUUUUGUUUCUCUUUAUAUUGCUGCACAAAAAGGACAUGAGACUAUAUUACAACUUUUGCUAAAAUACGAUACUCCCGUUGAUGUUGUGGGACAAACGAGUUUUGAAUUGUCGACAGAAUGUAAUUCAAUAUUAGAAACUUACGGUAUAGUUGAUCUCACUCAAGAAGGUCGCCACUGGAUCAUUAAAUGGGAUGAAGCUUUCAGUCCUCUUUACGUAGCUUCUUACCAUGGACAUGAAAAAAUGGUCAGAACUCUCCUCGAGAAAGGAGCCGAUCCGAAUUCCAGUUUCGAAAAAGGUAUUACGCCUGUCCACGCUGCUGCCCAAGAAGGACAUAAAGAGAUUGUCGAUUUGCCUCUGAAGAAUGGUGCACUUGCUAAUUUCAAUAAAUCUAACCAAUUUUCUACUCCUCUUAUUGUUGCCGCUAAAGGAGGACAUGAGGAAAUUGUAAAAAUACUUUUACUCCACGAUGCUGAUGUUAAAACAAAACUUCGUUCACCAUACCGCGAUUUUUCAAAGUGCAUCGAAAACGUUUUCAGUUGUGAAAAUUUUCCAUUAUGUAUCGAACAUGGGAAUGGUCAAAUGGCACUUCAGUUUGCCGCUAAAGCAGGAAAUAAAAGUGUUAUCGAUAUGUUAUUAAAAUAUGGAGCCGAUGUUAAUGAAUGUUCUGAUGAUGGGCAUCCUUCUAUCCCAAUUGCCGUUUUUGAAAAUAAUGUGGAAAUUCUGCGGACACUUCUAGAAGCUGGUGGUAAUAUGAACUGA